CUUUUUUGUACGGAUCAUGCCAAGCUCAAACGCGAUAAUAUUUUCAACUUCAAUUUGUUAUUAUUUUACGCUAUCACAAAUUGACGUAAACUAUUCUUUAUCGGUCACUACCUACUGGAAGAUAUGUGGAGUCGGACGACUAUGAUUAACUAGUGCAAACGAAAUAUUGAUUUGAUUUGUUUGCAUCAUAAUAAUUAGUUGUAUACUUGCCCAAAACAAGAGGAAAAGACCAUGGACAAAUAUUUUAAAGGAAAAAGAAUACUUGUUACGGGUGGAUGUCAAGGUAUCGGUGAAGGGUUAGUAAUAGAGCUAUGGAAACAUGGGGCAAAUGUUGUUACAAUAUCAAACCAACCGGAAAAUCUUAAAAAACUAAAGCAACAAUAUCCAUCUAUAGAAGUGGCAGCUGUAGAUCUUCGGAACUGGGAACAAACGAGAGAAAUAGUAGACAGCUUAGGCGUAUUCGAUGGACUAGUAAAUAACGCAGGCGUGGCCAUUAUCGAGCCCUUUAUGGAAGCCACACCAAGCAGCUUUGAUGAGACUAUAUCAGUAAACGUCAAAGCCAUCCUGAAUGUUAGUCAAAUUGUUGCAAAAAAGAUGAUAGAGAAUAAAAUUAAAGGAGCCAUUGUAAACGUAUCUUCUCAGGCUUCAAAGGCAGCUCUUAAAGAUCAUGUAGUGUAUUGUGCAUCCAAAGGAGCAGUAGAUUCGAUGACACAAGUUAUGGCUUUAGAGUUGGGACCACACGGAAUUCGAGUCAAUACAGUGAAUCCUACGGUAAUCAUGACCGCAAUGGGCCGCAAAGUAUGGUCGGAGCAGUCUAAGCGUGAAGAAAUGAUCUCUAAAAUUCCGUUACGAAGAUUUGGAGAAGUACACGAGGUCGUCAAUGCUAUAAUGUUCCUUCUAAGUGAUGGUGCUAGUAUGAUUUCUGGAGUUAAAUUGCCAAUCGAUGGAGGAUUUCUUGCCACAUAAAGAGAUAUUAUAAAAUGCGAAUAAAUACCUAGUUUUAUUUUACUCAGUUUAUUGUGCCAAAGGAAUUAAUACAUACUGGACAUAGGAAACAAUGCAAUGCAAGCAUAACAAUUUAUAAAUAUAUAUAUAUAUAUAUAUUUAAUGCAUAUUAUGCUAAGAUAGCCUAGCAUAGAUAUAUGUUAAAAGAGAAAAGAUACCUCGGUAUGGUAAACUAAAUGUAACACAAAUGCUAUUAUUAGAACAAUAACUCUCCCUACAAUGUUUACACAGAUUACUCUCACUCGGGAGGGAACAAACACAUUACAAAACUUACUUAAAUUUAGAAUUUACGUUAUCCAAUAAAAGUCAACGAUGUUUUACUAAAUCCCUUAUAUUCAUUCUACACCUACUAGCAUGCUUCGUUCCCUCCGCCACUAUGAGUAAAAUGUCGAUAUCGAAAGGGACGUAUCAAACUGUAGUUAUGCAACAUGCAACUACACAUGAAUUGGCUUAAUAAAAAAAGGUAUCCACAGUUUUAUAACAGCAAAUAAUCUGAGUGACAUUAAAUCUACAACAAUUAUGUAUUUAUUCUCCUUUUACCUAGGAUAUUGUAAAAAACAGUGUUGUUUUAUCUAAGUACCUUACAAUUAUUAUAUACAAAAUUAAGUUCAUAAAGUCUUUCGUCGAUUAGAGCAUACACUUAUCUUAGGAGCAAGCCACGACCAUUCCACGCCGGAAGCGUUUUUGAGAUACAUAUUUGGGACACUCAACACAUCGAACACGAACACAAUUGCUGGUUCUCCACUCACACCGAUGUGUCCGUAGGAAACUUGAACAUUACACACCCCGAACGAUUGGUCAUAAAAAUCACUAUAACAAACUUAGCUUAACCUCAUAAGAAUUAGUAAUACAAUCAUACGAAAAAAAACUUUCUUUUAAUAUUACAGAUUCAUUAGUUGAAUCAACCAAAAUAAUUUAUAAAAAUCGGCAAAUAUCUGUUAUUUGUCUCUGAUGAUUGAUUUCAAAUGCUAUGAUAUACCCUGUCGAUUAUACAACUUAUUGAUUUAUUAGUUAAAAGUAGUACAAUGCAGUCAUACAAUAAAACAAGCAGAGAAUGUACUAAAAUAUAAUAAAUUUAACAAACAUAUAUAAUAUGCAGUUUUUUUUUAUAAUCACUCGAUAUGGAUAUUAUUUAUUUUGAAUGAAAUUAAAUAAACAAAACAUAAAACUUUUAUGCUUAAUCGUGACAACGAGAUGAUUUUAAUAUUUUAUAGUUCUUAGUAAUCCUUAAAAUAUUUAUACAAAAUUGAACCUAAUUCUCAGUCAUAUUGAGAUGAUGUACUUGAAUAAAUUAUAUUUUAGACUUUACAAUGGUCACUUAAUACGAAUAUUUGUAUAGUGUGUUAUAAACACAAACAUAAGUAAUUAUGUAUACAAAGAAAAAAAAAACUUGCCUCACAGAAUAAUAAAAAUAAGAACCGAUUUUCGCAAUUACAAUAAUUAUAACUUUCGUGUAACAUUGGAAUAUGGAAAUGGUAACCAAUUGGUUUGUUGACAUAUUAUGUAUAAUAUUAAUUAGAAAAGUGACAUUUUGGUCAAUAACACGAGAUCAUAGUAAACACAGAAAUGUACAAAAGGAAAGACCUUAAUGAAAUCAAUCAAUAUUAUUUAUCUUCAUACAGAAGCAAAUAUAUUACGUUAACAUUCCCUAUUCCAUACUUUUAGCUAGAUUUUUAGAUGGGUAUCCCUUAAAUUAUCUGGUUUAAGUAGCAAACUUAUCUAGUUAAAACUAUGGCAGUGGCUGAAUAUAAAAAUUUGUUAAUGCCGCUUGUAAAAUUGGCAAAACUUUCAAUGCAAGCAUGAAUAUUUACUUCUUAAAGACAUAUUUUGAGAAAUCAAUGCAUUAAUCAUCAUGGAAGACAAAACAUUUAAUAGAGACCAAGCUCACUUUUGCGGACGAGGAAAGAAGACUUAGAAAUGAAAUCAUUAUUGCACAAAACGUUAACUAGGUAUCCCAGAACCUGACAAACAUAAUAAUCAUCAGUUGUCACAGUCAAUUCGAACGCACAUCGCCGUUAUCGGUAAUAUCGAAAUUACACUCGUCCCCUGAUAAAUCUAACUUUUCACUAGCUAGUUUAUUAUGUACACCCAAAUGUAAAGUCGAAAAAUCGUCGAACGUAUAACACUCAUACUUUAAUGAGAAUCAAAAAGGAUUAAAUUGUGUCUAAUCCCAGACAGUAGUUAGAUUAGCCAGAGGACGGCAGCGUCACUCCAACGCCGUUAGUACACCGACGCAAUAGCAUGGGAAUGCGCAACAUUAGAGAAAU